AAACCGGCCUGGAUUGGAUAAGGGAAGGUUACCCUUAGUUACCCCAGUUACCCUCACUUGGGUCUGCUGGUUCUGCUGAUGUGUUUAGGCGCGGCUUUCGCGGUUUCACCAGUUUCACCAGUUGGCAGUUUCGCUGGUUUCGCUUCGCUGUCUCGUGCGUCCCGUGGAUUUGUCAUUUCGUUUCCGUAAGUCGCUUCUCCAGGGAUGGCACCUCAGAGGUCUACAAAACGGGUGCGGGUGCCCGAAAGGAGCUGCGCAAACCCACGACUGCAGAACGAAGUGUGCCACUUCUGCAAGAUGCAAAAGAGCUCUGUGGGCAAUGACGAGAUGCUCAAAGGCACGAAGAUCAUGGUCCACUACUACUGUCUCCUCUUCUCAAGCGGUCUCAAGCAGAGAGGGAACACAUCUGGACCUCUCAACGGCUUCCUCCUGGCAGACGUGAUGGCCGAACUCCGAAGGGGCGCCAAACUGAAAUGUUGCUACUGCAACAAGUUCAAGGCCACUGUGGCAUGCUGUCUGAAGAUGUGCGAGAAGAAGUUCCACGUGGGCUGUGGCAUUGCCAACGAUUGCCUGCUCCAGUUCUACGGCGACUUCAGGGCCUACUGCCCAGACCAUCGUCCCAAUCAACACAUGACGCCCAAGGAAACGGGCCCGGCCUCUUGCCUCAUCUGUGCCUGCGAACUGGUGCCACAACCCUCCCCGCGGGUGCUGCUCACGCCCUGUUGCAAGAACUCCUUCCACAAGGCCUGCCUGCAGGCGCAGGCUAUGAGUGCAGGCUCCCAUCUCUUUAAGUGCUCCGUCUGCAACAACAAGGAAGCCUUCCAGAAAGAGAUGCUGGACUACGGGAUCUCCAUUCCCGAACGGGACGCAUCCUGGGAGAGGCAGCAGGGUGCCUACCAGGAGCUGCUGUACCGGUACCAGAGGUGCGACGCAGUUCGGUGCCGCUGCCCCAUGGGACGGGAGAUAUCGCUGGACGGAUGCAGUGACUGGGAGGUGAUCCCCUGCAGCACGUGCGGAUCUCAGGGGAUCCACAAAGCCUGUGGGAACUUGUCCAGGGCCCCCGUGCAAAAUGCCAACUUGUGGAUCUGCGUCCAGUGCCGAAAAGUCCUCUCUCAGAGAUUGCCUACGGGACUGCCCAACGGCCCUCUGAAGAGUAAAGGAGCCGCCGCGUCGACGUCGACACCCUCAGAAUCCCCAUUGACGGAGAUGGACGGGACGGAGCUGCCAUCCCCCGAGAGGGCGGUAGAGGCCGCCAGCCCGGGUCCCAAGGUUCUGUAUCCGAGCAUCCGUGCCGCGGACGCCGUCGCUGACUCGUCUCCGCAGUCCGAAUUUGGCGAGGAUUCGGACGUAGAAUUCGUCAAGGUCGUCCCGCAUCAGAAACCGGCGCCAACGCCCAUCGUCAUUUCGGACGAGAGUUCCUCGGAGGACUCGUGCGAGUACACCGACUGCCAACGAAAGAAAAACUGCUUCGAGUUCCACUUCGAACCGGGCUCAGUUCACCUGGAGAAGGUCGACGGAUUUGUAGUCAUCUCACUGGAUCCUCACAGAGGAUCUGCCGAAACUAGUCACACGUAGGAAACAAACAAAAAUAAAAGAUCCUGUGCGAGAGAAAAUGAAGAAGACAAAACUAUGCUCCAACGACA